GCCAGAACGCGCACGGCUCGUAAUUUUGAACAGACCGAGCUCAGCGCAGCUCAGCCGGGCAGAGCUCGACGAGACAGCCGCGACUGUUUCCCGGAGUAAUGGAGAUUAAUCACACGUUGUCAUAUCGGAUGAAGUGAAGACUCUUUUUAUUUCUUUUUAUUUUUUUUAGCGCUUUUUCAGUCUUUUCUCGGAUAAAUAUGAGUUCCCAUGUUAUCACUCCGGGACCGUACCGAGCCACGAAGCUGUGGAAUGAGGUGACGCGUUUGUUUCGGGCCGGCAUGCCCCUCCGGAAACACCGGCAGAACUUCAGGCACUACUCCUCCUGCUUCACCGCCUCCGCCGCCGUGGACUGGCUUCAUCAGUUGCUCCGUAGCAACAGCAAUUUUGGCCCUGACGUCACCAGGCAGCAGACGGUGCAGCUCCUGAAGAAGUUUCUAAAGAAUCACGUGAUAGAAGAUGUGAAGAGCCGCUGGGGCACAGAGGAUCUGGAGGACAACAACACGCUGUACCGAUUCCCCACCACUUCUCCUCUGAAGCCCAUUCCCUCUGCCCCCGGCUCCAUCAAGAAAAGGCCUUCGUUCAGGGACAAGGAAGGUUUCUUCAGGUUUAAGAGUCUCAAGAAGCACGAGAAGGAGACGCAGGAAAACGUGGAUCCUGCCCUCACAGCUGGGGACAAGAAUCAGCCAACAGGAGAGCAGCAGGUGCAGAGACGAGAGCUGACGGUGGAGGAUGAGCACGAGAUCUGGAGAGACAUCACCGUGACCCACCUGCAGAGGAUUCUGGGUGUUGCGUCUCUUAAUGAGGUUUUAGACCAACGUUCUAUAAACCCGCAGAACAUCAUCCACAACAUGACCAAAGUCAACAAGCAUGGGGUGGUCACACUGGACGACAAGACCAGUGACCUUCCACACUGGGUUUUAUCUGCCAUGAAGAGCCUGGCUAACUGGCCGAAGUACGACACCGCACAGCCGUCAUAUCCCGGCUUUGAGAGGGACGUCUUUAAAACGGUGUCCGAUUACUUCUACAGCCUCCCGCAGCCUUUACUCACAUACGAACUGUACGAACUGUUUAUCAACGUCCUGGUGUUUUGUGGGUACGUCGCAGCGCCCUCGACACACCAACGUGGGAAACGCAAGAAGCCCGACCUGCCCUCCGCCCCCCCUCCAGCCAAGACAUCUUUCCGCUCCACCGAGUGUCUCCUCCUGUCGCUGCUCAGACAGGGGACAUGCGACGAGACGGAGUCGCCGAUGGGAGAGGUGCUUGGCGGGAAGCUCCAGUCGCGGCUGGCUGCGCUGAGGGGAGGUGAAGGACAGUUAGGUGGCAGCUGCAUGACCCUGAGCGCAGCGGCUUCAACGAGGCCUCAAACCAGGAGUUGCUCGCUGGAAACUAUCCUGGAUGACUCUGCCCCUCUCACCCGGCAACAGCUGUUCCUGUCCAAUGACAGCCUGGCAUCCUGCACCCAUAGCAACAGGAGUCAGGAUGACAGCCCUGCCACCACAACACUCCACAGCCUCACAGGCUUCACAUCUGCAUCCAAAGCGACCCCCGCUGCUUGUGACAAUGCUCCAGGUGGCACAGCCAGAAACAGACUGUCUGUAGCGUCUGCAGCAGGAGUGCCGGUCGCACAGAGGUUGCGCCCCUUGCGGCCACGCAGCGCAGGCAGCUGUCUGGACAUCGUCAUAGAAACCAGGGAGGAAGAUGUCAAGGAGACCAAGUGGCCGAACCGAGCAACCAGCUGCCUCAACGUGAACACUCCCGCAGAGCAGCAUCACUCCUCCUCAGCUUCACGCCCUCCCUCACUGUCCUCCUGCCACCCCUCCUCUUCCUCCUAUCAUGCUCUCUCCUCCUUCUCUUCAUUCGCUAUGGCCAAAGCACAAGGGUCUCACGCCACCACAGGACCCGGCGGGCCCAGACCCGCCUCCAGUACCUCUAACCUUUGGACGCUUCCUGCUCCCGCUGUUGUCCGGCGCUGCCUCAGCUCUGUGGAUGUGUCGAAGCUGCCUCGACCCGUUUCACUGUUCAAAGCGCCCACCAGCAACUCCCAGCCCCCCCAAACCAAACCUGAGCACAGCCUCCUCCAGCCUCAGUGUGAGCGCAUCGCCAUCGAGGCUCUGCAGCUUUGCACCCUCCUCCUCCCGCCCGCCUCCCGCAGGAAGUUGCAGCUCCUCAUGAGGAUGAUGUCGCGCAUCAGCCAGAACGUGGACAUGCCGCGCCUCCACCCCGCCAUCGGCACCCGAACACUGAUGGUUCACACGUUUUCAGGCUGUGUCCUGGGCAGCGCUGUGGAGUGUGAUUUGGAUGAACUGUUGGCUACCAGACUGGUGUCAUUUCUAAUGGACCAUCAACAAAGCAUCCUCUCAGUCCCAGAGUACCUGCUCAGUGCCAUCAAUGACCAUAUACAGUACCUGCGCUCAGUUCAGGUCCCGAUCCACUGUGUUUCUAACGUCGAUGACGACGACCCAGUUUGCGCUCCGGUGCCCAUCUACACGUUCUGCCGUCAGAUCAGCGGCGCCGAGUUUGAACAGCAAAAGCUGGAAUUGUCCCAGAAGGCCAUGGAGGAGUUACUGGAGAUGCUGCUGACGGACCAAAACCUCAGCGAGAAGGACCGACGCAAGAAACUGAAGCAGUUUCAGAAGCAGUAUCCUGACAUCUACAGUCGUCGGUUUCCCUCCUCAGACCGUGAAAACAAACCAAAGAUCAAACCUCCGCUCCUCAACAUCAAGAAGACCAAAGCUUUCAGCAUCAGGAACUGAACCUGACCGCACAGAAGUCGCAGCCUUUAACUCAUGUUUGCUUGCACUGAUUUAGUAUUUGGAAAAUUCACUUGUUACAUUUGCAAUACUGUUAUUCCCGUUGUGUCACGUUCAUGUGUUUAAUAUGAGAGUUAAUGCAGGCUGGACGACUUGUGUUUGCGAUGUGUGUUGACAGCUGAGACGGACGGUGGAGCAGCUCACAUUAGUCAGUGUGUUUUUAUAUGAAGCAGGUUUUUAUUUUAUAAGAUCUGAGUUCAUUUGGAACAAAUUUCCUCUUUUACCUGUUUUUCUUUCUGCUCACCUGUUGGCUGAUACUGACGUGUGUGUGUGUGUGUGUGUGUGUGUGUGUGUGUGUGUGUGUGUGUGUGUGUGUGUGUGUGUGUGUGUGUGUGUGUGUGUGUGUGUGUGUGUGUGUGUGUGUGUGUGUGUGUGUGUGUGUGUAGAUUGCAUUUGGGAGAAAAGAAAUCUGCAUUUCUGGAUCACUGGUGUGAGAAUAAUUAGAUUAUAUAUUUCUUAAUUUAUACAACAUUGGGAGCAGUGCUAGAUGUGUGUUUCUUGUCAUGGAAACUGUUUUUUUUUAAUAGAUUUUACUAAACUUUGUCAUCAAAUCUCACGUUUCGUUUGAAAUGCUCUUUAGAAGUUUUCAUCCUUUUCUUUUUCCUUCUGUUUUCGUUUGUUUUUAAGCUUUUUACGGGAACGUUUUAGGUUUUUCUCACAGGGAAUCUUUCAUCUCAUGGUUAUAUUAUCGCUAUGAUUAGUUUCUUUUUAUUCAUUGACUCAUCUUGAACUCAUCCCUGCUUAGUUUAUUGGCUAGAGGAAAGUUUUGCACUGGAUUUAGGCGUUGUGAAUGGCCAAUCAUCAGAGUGGUUAAUUUAUACAUAUUUAAUGUAUAUUAGACUCCCUAAAGAUCUCACCAGACACUUGACAUAUUGUGGGUACGCUGCAGCGAUCUAAUACAGAGCUCAUGUCACGUGUCUGAGGAAAUGUAACAAGCUUGACUUAAAAGAUUAAGCUGUCCUUUUUUAAAUUUAUGUUAUUUGAAGUAUUCGUUCUAGCCAGAUAUGUUUAUACCUCAGAUAUGUGUGUGUGUGUGUGUGUAAGUGUAUACGCACUCAUCAGCAGUGUUUCUUUGUACACCCACACGGUUGUAUUCUUCCUCAUCAUUGUUUACUAUGCAAAGCCCUGGGAAAUAAACCUGUUCAGCUGUUUAUUUAUA